CAACAAAAUGUGCUUUAGUGCUAGAUACCUACCUCACGUAUCCGAAACAAUUUGUAUCGAUCGAUCCACACCAACAAAAAAAAUGGCUUACUCCAAAAAGCAUUCGUUCCUCUUGAUUUCCACUCUCCUUAUGAUUCUCCAACUCCAAUUUUCCUCUACAAACGCUGCCAUUAAAGGUGGCUAUUGGUAUUCUGAUAGUGACCUUGCAGUUUCUGACAUUGAUCCCUCUUAUUUCACCCACUUGUUCUGUGCAUUUGCUGACCUUGAUUCUAAUACCAACCAAGUCACCAUUUCUUCUACACACGCAGCUAGUUUCUCAACCUUCACUGAAACCAUUCAGUCAAAGAGUAAUUCGGUGAAGACGCUUUUAUCAAUUGGUGGUGGUGGUGGCGGUCCUACUUUGGCACAAAAAUUUGCCAACAUGGCUAGCCAAGCCAGUACCCGAAAAUCAUUCAUAGAUUCUUCAAUCCGACUAGCCAGAAAUAACAACUUCCAUGGCCUUGAUCUUGAUUGGCAGUAUCCAUCCUCAGACGCUGAAAUGACCAACUUUGGUUUACUCAUCAAAGAGUGGAGAGCUGCUGUGGCCGCAGAGUCUAGGAGUUCCGACAAGCCGGAACUGUUGUUAUCUGCUGCAGUGGGUGGCUCUGAUCAGAUAACUCCACUAAAAUACUACCCUGGUCAAGAUGUUGCAAACAACUUGGAUUGGGUUAAUGUAAUGACCUAUGACCUUUACAUCUCAGAUAUAAAUCCAACUCAAACACAACCACCCGCUCCUUUGAAAAACCCAACUGGCCAAUUUAGUGCAGAUGAAGGUAUCACAAAAUGGGUAGGGUUAGGUGUGCCAAAAAGCAAACUUGCACUUGGUUUACCCUUCUAUGGUUAUAAGUGGAGUUUGGCAGAUCCUAAUAAACAUAGAAUUCAUGAUAAAGCUACGCAGGGAUUAGGGGCAGUGAAGUACAAGGAUAUAAAAAAUGAUGGGGCACAGAUUGUGUACAACUCCACAUAUGCUCAAAAUUACUGCUUCAAAGGUACAGAUUGGUAUGGAUAUGAUGACACUCAGAGUAUAUCUGCCAAGGUUGCUUAUGCCAAGCAAAAUGGAUUGUUUGGAUAUUUUGCUUGGCAUAUUGAACAAGACAACAACUGGGCUCUUUCUCAAGCAGCUUCUCAAGCCUGGGGAAAACCUAGUGUGAGGCAUGGUGUUGUUAUAGUCACAUCAGGUUCUACCCCAAUUUUUUUUUCAUGUUCUGAUUGAAAUCGAACACUAUUGUACGUUGUUGAAGCUCCAAUGAAGACUUGAAGAAAAAGAAGAGUAGUAGAGAAAGAGAAUGAAUAGUUGAAUAUUGUUGUACGUUGAUACUGUUAGAUAUUUAGGGUUGCAAUUUUUGGUAUGAUGUGUUUGUCAAACAAGUCCAGUUAUUAUCGACCAUAUCCAAAAUAUUUUAGGUAAAUUGAAAUCAAAUGUUGGUAUAUUUAGGAGUA